AUGGCCAAGUCAGCUUGGGUUGCGGUUAUUCUAAACCUGGCGUUUGGUACUUCUGGAUCUGAGUUCUUUUCUCAACUUGAACGCUGUCCGAAUUCUUGCACCACCUUAGGACCUAUCUCGAGCAACUGGACUUACAUACACCAUCUUGGGAAACUCAACAGUUGCAACAAGACGGUGUUAUUUGACCUGUCACUCCAUAAUGAUGUUGCUGAUCUCAAGACUCACACCACUUUUCGGGCAUGCACAGUGGAAGAUGGUCCAAAACUCAAUGACACGAAUCUCUCUGUUAAACAGGCAGCUUCUAUUUCAACUGCCAUCUCGCUCCAGGGAGCAUGGUCCGAAAAGAAUGUGCAGUUCAACCAAGAUCAAUUUGACGGAUUAUACGGAGCUAUUCAACAACAUGUGAUAGGUCCUGAUGCAGAUGCACCUACAAUCAUUUUCAGCAAGGUCGGUCAUCUCGUCAUGGGAUUCUUCGCAGGAGGGAGCAUCGACAGUAGCCGAAGUAUUGCUGCAAUAAUGAACGAGCUUACAUCACAAGUAAAAGCUAACGACCCUUGUCCGUUGAACGCAUGCUGUGAUAUUUUCGGGCAGUGCGGCAUCACUCCAGACUUUUGUACUGCUUCUCAGUCUGCAACAGGCGCUCCGGGAACCUCCGCUCCUGAAUUCAUCAAGGUGGGCUACUGGGAAUCGUUUGGCCUCGAUCGGCCUUGUCUCCAGAUGCCCGUUUCUGCGAUUCCAAGUGGCUACACCCACAUUCAUUACGCUUUUGCUACCCUGACCUCGGAUUUUCAAGUUGACGUGUCGGCAGAACAAGACGCCUUUAACCAAUUUGCUUCUGCUAGUGGCUUCAAACGUAUCUUGUCCUUUGGUGGUUGGUCAUUCUCUACGGAUGUCGACUCGUUCCCCAUUUUCCGCGAGAUCAAUAAGUAUAACCUGGAUGGCGUGGACUUUGAUUGGGAAUAUCCUGGAGCGCCUGAUAUUCCCGGUAUUCCUCCUGGAAGUCCCCAAGACGGAGUAAAUUACCUAGCCUUUUUGACUACACUUCGGGGUUUGUUGCCUUCUGGCAAAACACUGUCUCUGGCAGCUCCAGCCUCUUACUGGUACCUGAGAGGCUUUCCAAUCAAGGACAUGGCUCCAGUGCUCGAUUAUAUCGUGUACGAAACUUAUGAUCUCCAUGGACAAUGGGACUAUCAGAAUGCCUUCAGUAAUCCUGGCUGCCCUACUGGGAACUGCCUCAGUUCGCAUGUCAAUUCUACCGAGACCUUUUUUGCCGUGGCUAUGAUCACCAAGGCCGGUGUUCCCACCAAUAAGAUUGCGGUUGGCGUUACGAGUUACGGAAGAUCGUUCGGUAUGGUAGAUCCGUCGUGUACAGGCGUCAACUGCUUGUUUGGCGGACCCGAUUCGACCGCAAUGCCGGGCGCUUGCACUCAGACAGCCGGUGACUGUGACCUUGUUACAUUCGGAGAUACCUGGGUCUCACAUAUGACACCUGCAACGAAAGCCAACCGGAUAGCUCAGUAUCAGCUCCAAAACUUCGCGGGAUCUGUAGAUUGGGCAAUUGACCUUGAGAAUGGAGCCACCGGGGGUAACAAUGCCACUGGUGCUGCUGGUGAUCACUUCACCCCGAGCAAAGUACUUGUGGCCUCGCUCACCUGCACCACUUUGACACCGUCUGCAACAUUUACCUUGACCGCAGAGUGUGCCAGUGAAAUAGCUGGACUGCCACCUCGAACUAAUAAUAACUCGCCACCUGGCCCAGCGAAUUGCACGGAAACAUGCGACUUAUUGCGAGAGAUUACGGGGACUUGUUGCGGGAUUGGAGGCACAAUUGCAAAUCCAGUGGCCAUUGUUCCCAAUGUGAAGAUCCCUCUACCUAUACCUUUGUCUGGCUGUUCGCCGUCAUCUACUAUCACUUUCCCUGCGGUAUAUUAUCCCCCUGGGAUUCUCCUACCUUUUCCUGUUAUUCUACCAAGUGGCUAUAGUCCCUCAGCAACUAUCACCUUUGGUUCGACAACUCUACCGGCCAAUGUACCCCUCUCAUCAGUUGUCAUCAUUCCUGCAGAAUAUGUUCCUCCAGGCCCUCUUCCCUUUUUUGCUCCCCCUUUUACAUUAAAUCCAGGGGACAAGCUACCAGGUCUGGUCGUGAUUCCGCCUGGGUUCGCUCCAGUGACACCAUUUACGGCACCUACCAUUUCAUAUCCCGCGGGACAACCAAUUCCCCCAGGUGUUUUCAUCUCCCCAGGGAUCGACGUCCCUGCUCCAAUAGGUAUUCCAGCAGGCGCACCAUUAUUCCCCGACUUCACACCUAUUGCUACUGGUACAGAUCCCGAGGAUGAGGAUGAGCCAAGAUGUUCGGCCCGAAGUGUGCUAUCUAUUUCAGCAACGUCAGCUCCAACUCCUUCGCCAUCGCCUUCACCUUCGCCCUCGCCUUCGCCCUCGCCCACGCCUUCGCCCUCGCCAUCGCCUACUCCACCAGACUACACCAAGAUAUGCGGUUUCACACCCAGCUGCACCAACAAUUGCGGUCAAACUAUACUGCUUUGUCCCAUAUUCUGCCGCGCCGAGUGCCCUCCAUCAGACACAGUGGGUAUUGCCAGUUAG